AUGAUGAAAGAGCUGGAGAAUAAGGUCAAUUUCUUAAUGUCCACUCAAGAAGUAAGGAGAACGGGCAUUCUGUGCCCAUAUCCAAGAGAGUGUGAUUCAAUCCCAUACCUGACGAAGUUUAAUCUAAUUAACUUCAUGUUGUUUGAUGGGAAAGGUUCGUCCACUCAGCACCUAAUUUAUUUCAAGUCCCACCUGGGAGUGAUCUCUGAAAAUGAAUCCCUGAUGAUUCAGUCAUUCGUAGGCACCCUUCGUGGGGCGGCCUUCGAUUGGUAUCGACGUCUCAAGCUGGGAAACAUUAAUUGCUGGGACGAUAUGGAAAGCUCGUUCCUUAACAACUUCUUUGACGAUAACACUGAAGUGUCGAUCGGAGCUCUUCUGGAGGAGAAGCAGAAGGAUAGUGAGUUAGUUGAUAGUUUUGUCAAACACUUUCGUAAUAAGGCAAUGAAUUGCAAGGAUCCUAUCAUAGAGGAGUUCAUCUUGCAGACUUACCAUAACAAUCUCUCUAUCGAUGUCCUCGAAGUCAUGGGGGUUGUCCCCUUAACCACAUGGAAGGAAUUAAAACUACAUGGAGAACAGGUCGAGUGCUUCCUCAAAAGAAAAGGAGCUCGAGAGAGGCCAACCGACGACUAA